AUGGUGGCGACGGGGGCGGGCGCGGGGAGGGGGUCCGCGGUUGCGGGAGGGGGGGGUGGCGGUGCCGGCGGCGGCGGGGUCGCGGGCGCGAUUAAGGCGGGUGUGCUCGCCGUGGGGUCGGUUCUGGUGUCGGUUCAGCCGGCCAUCCUUGUCCUCGCAACUAAGGCGGUGAUGAAGCUCGUGGCCUCCUGCGGAAUAGGGUACUACUUCAGCAAGAAGGGAAUCCUCGAUCAGAAGCUGUCAAAGCUGCUCGUGCUGCCCGUCUUCGCGGUCCUGCAGAUCCUCUUCGGCUCCGCCGUCGGAAAAGCCAUGGAGAAAAUCCUGGGCCUGAAGGAGGGGUCUCCAGAGGCGAGAGAGCUCCGCACGUGCACCUCUUUCGCUAACUCGGGGCCCCUGCCUCUCCUCUUCGUGGACUCCAUCUUCGGCGCACACCCGGGUAUGAGGGGAGAGGGGACGGAGGGCGGGGAGAAGAGAGGGGGGGGAGGAGGAGAGACGAGAGAGAGCUUAAGUCAACUGGUACUGCUGUAG